AUGGGCAUUAGAAGCAGAAGGUUAGAUGCUGAAGCGCUCGCAAGCCUCUUGAAGGUGGAGGACUUCUUGGCCCUGGGGGAGCUCAUCUGCCACGAGGACGCGCGCGAAGCGCGGCGCCUGCGUUGCAUUGACGUUGCGGACGAGGCCGCGCGCAUGUGUCAGGAGGAAGGGGUGGCUUUCCUCAGCCACCAGUGGGCCAGCUUCGAGCAUCCAGAUCCGGAUGGCGUGCAAUACAGGGCCAUGGUCAAGGCCGUCGAGGAAGUUCUGGAACGGGGCAUCAAAUGCAGCUGGAUUUGGGUGGACUACUGCUCCAUCCCUCAGCGAAACACAUUCCAGCAGCAGACGGCUAUAAACUCCCUGUCAGUCUACGCAUCUUAUUGCUCGGUGUUCCUCUCCGUGGUUCCUCCGUGCAUCCACUCAGACACAGGGCAUGACAUUGACAUCAACUCCUACUGCUCGCGCGCGUGGUGUCGUCUGGAGAAGCUGAGCUACGGAACCGCCGGAUGGAACGCGGAUGGGCGCCUAGCCUUCAUGUGCACGCAGGAGGGCAUUACCAACGAUUGGAAGGCCAUCUUCGAUGACGAGUCGGUGCUCGAUGUGGCAGGGGGUGCCUUCAGCUGCUGCGCACGAAACCAUCCAGAUGGCAAGCCUUGUGACAAGCAGAAAAUUGUCGGCGUCCUUCUCGGCAUCUACUGGCGCCUUUUGGCCACAGUUCGCGAUGCCCCGGAGAACGCAGAUAGGGCCACGGCGUUGCUCAAGCUGAUUGAUCAGGAUGAGAAGCGGUACUUCCCUCCCUAUACAUCCUACAUCUCCGAAACCGGCUCUACGCGGAUUGAGCUCUUCGAUGGGUUCUUGCCAGUCCUGCGAGACAUGUUCCUUCAGGACACCGAGGCCGACCACCACCAGAGGGUGGUGGUCCCAGGUGUCGGGGACCCACAGCUCGAUGACUUCCUCCCUCAAGCGCGCGCCCGGGUGAAGGUGAACAUGACGAGCCUCUAA